AUGAUUUUAAUCUCACGUUAAAAAUUUUAUGACUUUAUAAUUGGUUUAUAUUGAAUCAUAACAUAAAAAAUGUUACGAAUAUAUACGACUCUCUCUAACAUGGGUCCAGAGAUUGGAUUCAUGUUGUGCCUAUCCUGAGCUAUAGUCCACCCAAAUUUUUAUUUUCUUGAGGUGUUGACAGCUUUGCUCCAAACACACAGACACACACUUCCUCCUCGUUGCCGACGAGCCGCCUCCUCCACUUUCCGACCACCGCAUCAGCUUCCAAGGCACCUCGUGUCGGCGCUGUUGCAUCUGACUCCAUCAGUAUCCUUGGCGAGACGGCAAUGACAACACCACCUCUGCUUCAGGAUCUAUUUUUUUAAUAAAAAUAUAUAAUUUAAUCGAUUAAUCAACAAUUAAACUCUCACGAUUUGAAUAUACCAGGAGUGCCGGUUGUCUGUCACUUUUUCUUGGAGGCUUUUCAGGAUGCUAGAGCGGUGGCGACGGGAGAGCUGGCAUUGGAGGGCUUAAUAUGGUUUACAUUAGUGGCACGACUGAUGCCGAUGCCUUCCUUGGAAGCUGUGAGAGCGUCUGAUUCUUCUCCUCUAUCUUCACUUCUUGUUGUGGCCGCUUUAAGAGCUUUUAAUCGCGGAAAAUCUUGGCUGGAGGAAGAAAAGGGCUUGGGAAGGACACUCUCACCCUUUUUACAAGGGAGCAUGGGAGGAAAAAGAAAGUUUUGUGGCACUACAAUGGUUGACAUUAUUGUGAAGAGGGUUAUCAGAUCAUCAAGGGAUCUUGGACAAAGUUCGAUGCCCGGGCAACAAUCACUACAUGAAGAAGGAAGGCAAACACAGCCUCAAACACAGCUAGAGGUUCAGCCACAGCCACCACCACCACCACAACCACAGCCGCCACCACCUCCACGACCACAACCACAAUAG